UCCUGGCUUCCUGUGGUUUACUUGAGUAUUUUUUAGUGUUUCAUUUUGAUUUGUUUAUUGUAUUUAUGAGCAUGUGUCUGUAUGGGUUUUCCAGUGGUUGCUCUACAAAUCGUGGUGUAUUUAUGUAAUGUAGCACAGUCUACUUAUGUGGAUGUUUUCCUGCUUCAGGUGAAGUAGAGGUUUCAUUAUCCUCCCCCUUCGUAAUUUAGUUGUUUGAAAUGUCUCCUCUGCAUACCUUGAGAACUACAUGAAUGAUAGGAUUUUCAGAGUCCUCUAACAUUUUAAAUAACUCAAGAGGAAACAUAUUUACCCACAUGUUUACCUGUUCUGUUAUUCUCCACUCAUUCCAGAUGUUCCUGGUUUCCUUCUUUUAUUUUUUCUUUUAUGGUUGAAAAGCUUUCUUUAGCAGUUAUCUUAAGGCAGGUGUUGCUGGUGACAUAUUGUCUUAGUGUUUCUUCAUUUGAGAAUACAGAUGGUCCCUGACUUACGAUAGUUCAACUUACAGAUUUUCAGUUUAUGAAAGUGUGAAGGCAAUACGCAUUCACUAGAAAUGGUACUUCGAAUGUUGAAUUGUGAUCUUUUCCCAGGCCGGUGCUGUGUGGGAUGGUCCCCGCUCGUGAUGCUGGCAGCAGUGAGCUGCAGCUCCCAUCAGCCACGCGUCAUGAGGAUAAACAGCCGAUACACCUACAGCCAUUCUGUACCCAUACAACUAUUUUGUUGUUCACUUUCAGUAGAGUAUUCAAUAAAUUACAUGAGGUGUUCAGCACUGUGUUAUAGAAUAGGCUUGGUGUUAGAUGAUUCUGACCACCUGUAGCCGAGUGUGAGUGUUGUGAGCGUGCUUAAAGUAGGCAAGGCUAAGCUAUGAUAUUUGCUAGUUUAGGUCUGUUACAUACACUUCUGGCUUUGCUAUUUUCAACCUGCGAUGGGUUAAUUGGGCUGGAACCGCAUCAUAAGUUGAGGAAGAUCUGUGUCUUUAUUUUGCUUUCAGUCUUGAAGGAUGUUUUCGGUAGAUAUAGACUUCUGGGUUGAAAUUUCUUUUCUUAAAUCACUUGAUGUCUGCGACACUACUUCCUUCAGGCCUCUGUGGCUUCUCAAGAGUAAUCCUCUGCCAUCUGAACUUCGAUCAUUAUCUAUUCCUGGGACUUACCAAGAAAAGAUUACUCACCUAGGAAAUUCUUUGAUGAGUUUAACAGGUCUAAAAUCUUUAGAUCUGUCACGCAACUCGCUGGUUAGUCUAGAGGGCAUUGAGUACCUCACUACGCUGGAGAGCCUCAGUCUCUACUACAACUGCGUCUCCUCGCUAGCUGAAGUGUUCCGGCUUCACUGCUUGCCUGAACUCUUGGACGUGGACUUCCGGCUGAACCCUGUGGUGAAGAAUGAGUCUGAUUACCGCCUCUUUGUUGUGCACAUGCUCCCGAAGCUCAGGCAACUGGACGAUCGCCCUGUGCGAGAGAGCGAGCGGAAAGCAUCCUGGCUGCAUUUUGCUUCGGAGGAGUCACUCAGCUCAAAGCAGAGCUUCCUAGAUGUUUCCAGCGUCGGAAGACCGUGCCACUCCAGAGCCAGAUGUACUGACUCCUCGGCCAAGAAGUGCUUGGUUAUGGACGCAGAUGACGAGGCGGUCUUGAACCUCAUUGCCGAGUGUGAGUGGGGCUUGAGCAACCCUCCUGGGAGCAAAAGUUCCAGCCAGAAGGAGCGAGAGACUGACUUGCCUAGUUCCCAAGAAUCCAGACAUCUGUUGAGUCCUCAGUCAGUCCAGCUCCAGUGUGGGGACUCCGUACAGAAGGGCCAUGAGAAGAGGAAAAGCAGCCCCAGAGGGUGUUGUCCAGAGAAGAGGGUUCAGAGCCAGUGCUGUGGAGAGCUCCUCCUGCAGCGCGGGGACGAGUCUGAGGCCCACCGCCCCUCUGGGCAGUGCCCACACUUGGCCCCACACCCAGACUCCGCAGACAUCGAGGACUCAGCCUCCUCAUCUCAGAAGUCAAGCUUGUUAACACAAAAAGUGUUUAAUCCUUUGCCUGCUCCUGAAAAGUACAGGAAGCGAAGAAUGCCUGGCGGGAAAUUCCAGGCACUUGCAGACCAGGCUUGUCUGAGCUGCCUGGAGAGGGCCAGUGGGCCCUCGAGCCCCCAGGAGAGUCUGGGCAGGCCGAACAUCUCAGAGGGCGGGAGCGAGAGGGCCUUUUCUCAUGUGGAAGAGCAGAGGCCCCGCGGCAUGAGCAGCAACAGAGAGCUAUCUCCUGAAUCACGCUCUGCUGUGCCACCUGGGAAGAAGACUGCCCUGGAGGCGGCGCUCCUGGAGGCGCUCCUGGACCUGGUGGACAGGUACUGGAGUGGCUGCAAGUCCCUGCGUGGCAACGAGGCGUUCCUGGCUCAGGCAAGACAUAUUUUGUCAUCUGCUCAAGAAUUUACAGCAACUCAGGACAACUCAACAAUUGUGAAUGAAGAGAUUAGCUACCUGACUCUUGAAAAUAAAUCUCUGCAAAAGCACCUUGCUGAGCAACAGCAGCAGCAUAGUGUGAAGAUGAGUGAGGUAGAGUCGGAACUCAGCAGCACGCGGAAGGAGAUGGAUGACUUGCAGCAACAUUUAGACAAAUCUUUGGAGGAGAACAGCAGCUUAAAGUCUCUCUUGUUCAGCAUGAAAAAAGAAGUAAAAAAUGCAGAUGCUUCAGCUACGUUAAAUUUGCAGAUCAGUGGACUUCAGACAAGUGUGAAGAGGCUCUCUGGUGAGAUUGUGGAGCUAAAGCAGCAUCUGGAGCACUAUGACAAGAUCCAGGAGCUCACCCAGAUGCUGCAGGAGAGCCACAGCUCCCUGGUCAGCACCAACGAGCACCUCCUGCAGGAGCUGCACCAGGCGCGGGCCCAGCACAAGGCCGAGGUGGAGCAGCUGCACUGGAGCUACAGAGAGCUCAAGAAGACCAUGGCCCUGUUCGCGCACGGCAGCGUCAGCCUUGGCGGCUGCUAGUCCUCUGGACGCCUGCCAGGAAGCCCCGCUUCUCUUAAACCUACACUUUCGGAUUCUGUGCCUCACGCGUCUGUAUUUCUUUACCGGGUGUAUUUGCUGGUCAGAGUGGUGUCUUCUGUUUGUAGUAUCUUGUGAGUUUUGAAAUGUAUUCAGGGCCUCUAGCUUGGUUUUCUAAAACAUCCUAAAAAGACAGGAUUAAUCCAAGCCCUUCACAUGUUUUGAGACAAACAGAUCAUUAAUUUUUCGUCAAAUAUCUUGAGAUAAAGAAAAUGCAGUAUUUUCCUGCUGGUUAAAGACAACGUUUUGUGUAACAAGCAAUUCUUAUUUAAUAAACUAAUACAUUGUUCUAAAGAGUA